UGCAUAUACACACUGAUACAGCGCAAUCACACGUAUAUAUAUACACAUAUGUGUAUGUAUACAUUAUUUAUACACAUCUCUCUCUCUCCUCUCUGUGUCGAUGCAGUGUUUCUUCGGUCAAAUGAUACCAAUCUGAAACAAAGAAAAAUCCAAUCUACUUUUUUUUUUGCGUACACCUCUCUCCAUCUCUAAUUCCUCCAUAAAGUCUCUUACUUUUACAUCGAUCAUCAUCACUUGCUCUCAAUUCUCCAAGGUCAAUUUCGAAUUCUCGUUUCUUGGGUUUGGACUUUUCUUAAUCGGGUUCGUUUUUCUUCUUUGGAUUGAAGUUUAAAGUCUUCGAAUUUGGCAUCAGAUUCUUGUUGAGGGUUUUGGGUUUGACUCUGAUGGUGAAAUUGGGUCUCGCCGGGAAAUUGAAGCUGUGUUUGCUAUGGAUGAAUUAGGGUUCUACAGUGAAUGAUUAUUGAAUCAGAGUUGAAUCUCUCUCUCUCUUUUUAACCAACUCAUGGGUUGCAUAAUCUCUAAGAAGAAGUCCCCGAAGAGAAGCCAUCAUCAUCAUCCGCCACGGAAAGAAACAUCAGAGAAGCGUUUCUCGUCGAGGAUCAAUUCCUCGAGGAUCGAUGAUUCGAGCCAGAGCAGAGAAGACGAGCAAGAUCGAAAAGUCGGGUUGAUCGAAUCGGAAAACUUGAGUUCCAGUAGAUUCUCCGAGAAACACCCGGAGAUUUCAGAGAUUGGUGACACAGAUGACGAAGAUACACCACAAGAGGAGCUAAAGAGAGAGCCUAGUACCGUCGUGGUUCGUCCCGGUCCCGGUCCCGGUUCCGGUUCCGAAACCGAAACCGGUCCAAAGGUUGAAGCUGAAGCGGCUGCAGCAUGGCCUGCUUGGCUAGUCUCAGUGGCUGGUGAAGCACUCGUGGGUUGGUCUCCAAGACGUGCUAGUACCUUUGAGAAAUUGGAGAAAAUUGGUCAAGGGACGUAUAGUAGUGUAUACAAGGCUCGUGAUCUUGUUAACAACAAGAUCGUUGCGCUCAAGAGAGUCAGGUUCGAUCUUAGCGAUUUAGAGAGUGUUAAGUUUAUGGCUAGAGAGAUUAUAGUAAUGAGGAGGCUUGAUCAUCCUAAUGUACUCAAGUUAGAAGGCUUGAUCACUGCCUCUGUUUCGUCUUCUCUCUACUUGGUUUUCGAGUACAUGGAUCAUGAUCUCGUUGGGCUCGCUUCGAUCCCUGGUAUCAAGUUCUCUGAGCCUCAGGUUAAAUGUUACAUGAAGCAGCUUCUAAGCGGGCUUGACCAUUGUCAUAGUCGCGGUGUUUUGCACCGCGAUAUUAAGGGAUCGAAUCUACUGAUUGACAGUAAUGGAGUCUUGAAGAUAGCGGAUUUCGGGCUAGCCACGUUCUUCGACCCAAAGAACUGUGUUCCUUUGACUAGCCGCGUUGUGACUCUGUGGUAUCGACCACCUGAGCUUCUUCUUGGAGCUUGUCAUUAUGGUGUUGGUGUUGAUUUGUGGAGCACAGGGUGUAUCUUAGGCGAACUGUACUCCGGGAAACCGAUCUUGCCAGGGAAAACCGAGGUGGAGCAACUGCAUAAGAUCUUCAAGCUAUGUGGUUCACCAACAGAAGAUUACUGGAGGAAACUGAAGCUACCACCUUCAGCUGCGUUUAGACCCGCGCUUCCAUAUGGAAGACGUGUGGGAGAGAUGUUUAAGGAUUUGCCUUCGAAUGUACUUUCGCUUUUGGAGGCUUUACUCUCCAUAGAUCCUGACAGGAGAGGCUCUGCAGCUAGAGCUCUUGAGAGUGAGUACUUUAAAACACAGCCGUUCGCUUGUGAUCCAUCUUCUCUACCAAAGUAUCCUCCAAGCAAAGAGAUUGAUGCUAAAAUCCGAGAUGACGCGAAACGGCAGCGACCGACUCAGGAGAAGCAAGACUCUCAGACAAGACGGUCGCACGAAAGAAAACUCAUCCCGCCGGUAAAAGCUAAUCAAUCACUCACGACGGCUAUAGAGAAUCCUUAUCUAAGAAGCUGUGUGGCGGGUAAUUCAACGAGACAAAUGCAGAUUUCAAACAGCAACAAUCCGACGAGUGGAAGAGUGUCUCACUCCGGUCCGAUGAUGAACAGUAACCGGAAUCAUAGCCGGUUAACAUACGUGAAGGACAAUGGAGCAGCAGCGCCUAGGAUACUUUCUUCAUACAGAGCUAACUCAGCGGGACAAAGUGGUGGUUAUGCAGACAAAAAUGGCUCAGAGAAACCAAUCAUGAAUCAGCAAAUGAAGGAUUUGAGAGCAUUCAACAGAGCUGAUACUAUGGAUAACAGUAAGAGACAAAUCAAAAUGCCAAAUGACCCAUCUUGGUAUGAUUCUGGGGACAACAAAAUGUACAUGUCGGGUCCAUUAUUGGCUCAGCCAAGUAAAGUGGAUCAGAUGCUGGAAGAACACGACAGGCAGCUUCAGGAAUUCACCAGACAAAAGGCAAAACAGUCAAGAAACUGAAUUGAAUCCUUCUCUUAUAUAUUUUGCUUGGAGGUUGAAAACGGAGAGCCAGUUUUGAGUCGUCUUGUUGUAUCUGAUGAGCUUUAUCUGGUUCGUAUAGAUUUUGAAAAGAAACUGUAAUAGAGAGAUUAAAGAUUGUUUUGGCUUAUAAAAAGCUCAGCUCUUGUGAUUACAUAGAUGUGUAUAACAAUUUAUACAGACUCAUCAUCAUUGAGAUUGUCAUUGUGUAGAUACAUGUAUGUACAUUUCUUCAUAUAUUAUAGAGAUUUGUACCUUCACCGUUUUUGAUUUAAUGUUCCUUUUCAGCAA